AUAUUAAUAGUUGCAACUGAAUGUAAGACUAACCUCUUUGUUUCUUAUAGAUAAAUAGUCAAUGACAUUGUUGAAUAAUUUCAAAUUUUUUUUUUUGUAUAUAAUAAUUCAUCAAGUAUAUUUAAACUAGUUGAAUUUAAUGCGGUAACGUGUAAUCAGAAAAAAAUACGAAUUGCACGAUAGAACAAAGGUGAAACGUAUAAAUAAAAAUCACUAAACAUUUAAGAAAUAUGAAUCGUAAUUUUGUGAAAGUUGAAAAAUUAUUUAAAUAUAUUCAAUGAAUAUGUAUUUAAGAUUAUAUCAUUUCAAAUUUUAUGAUACAAUGAAGCUGAAUUGAUAAAAAAAGAAAUGCAAACAAAAUUAAAGAUGUUUUUUUGUAAAAUGAAAUUGUUUGAUUAAAGAUUGUUUAUGUUUUUUAUAUAUUCAUUUUUAAAUUUGUUUCUGAAUUGUUUUUUCUUUCUUUAUUCAUUUAUAUUAAUAAUCAUGUCAAAACCUGAUAUGCCAAAACUUGUGACUGCACUUUUUUCCUUUAAAGGAAAAAAUAAUGAUGAAUUAUGUUUUAAAAAAGGAGAUGUAAUAACAAUAACACAAACAGAUGAAGAAGGCUGGUGGGAAGGCACAUUGCAUGACAAAACUGGCUGGUUUCCAUCUAAUUAUGUCAAAGAAUGUAGAGUUUCAGAAAACAAUAUUUCAACUAUGAAGACUUCUCCUGAAAAAAUUCUGCAAGAAUCCCCUGUGCAUCAAAAAUUAAAUCGAGAUAUUGUAUUAAAGGAUUUAAUAGAUUCUGAAAGAGUGAAUGUAGCAGAAUUGCAGGGUUUAAUAAACAAUUUUUUACAUCCCCUAGAAUCUGCUAAUAUAUUAGAAAAAGAAGAAUAUAAACAACUUUUAGGUAAUAUACAUGAAGUUCUUGAAAUACAUCAACGAUUAUUAUCUAACUUGGAAACAACUGUGACACAAGAUUGCGUUUUGAGAGUUGGAAAUCUGUUUCUAACAUUAGCACCAAAAUUAAAAUCUAUUCAUAUAACAUAUUGUGAAAAUCAUCCACAGGCUGUAUGUAUUUUAGACCAAUAUAGAGAUGAAUUGAAUGAUUUCAUGGAACAUAAUGGAGCAAUAUCACCGGGUAUAUUAGUAUUAACAACUAGUUUAAGUAAACCUUUUCGAAGAUUGGACAAAUAUUCUGCUAUGCUUCAAGAAUUGGAAAGGUAUACAGAAAAGAAUCAUCCUGAUAGAGGCGACACUCAGCGCAGUAUAGCUGUAUAUAGAGAAAUAGCUGAUCAAUGUGUAUCUAUACGAAAACAACGUGAAUUAGCACUUCAAGUUUUAACUAGUGGUAUUAAAGGAUGGGAGGGAGAAGAAUUAAAUUCUCUUGGAGAAAUUCUUUAUGUUGGCUCAGUCACUUUGGCAAAUGGAACUACAAGUCUAGAUCGUCGAGAUAGAUAUUUUGUUCUUUUUCCAACAACUCUUUUAGUUCUCAGUAUCAGUCCAAGAAUGAGUUCUUUUGUUUAUGAAGGAAAACUUCCAUUAACGGGUAUUACCAUUAUUCAAAUAGAAGAUACAGAUGAAAUAAGAAAUACUUUUGAAAUUACAGGACCAAUGAUUGAGAAUAUACUCGUAUUUUGUGCUACUAAAGAAGAUCAACAGCGUUGGAUUAAACUUUUAAUACAAGAACAAACAACAAAUAAUAGUCUUGUAAAAUCAUCAAUGACAUCACGCAUUUGCAGCCAACAAAAUGGGAAACAACAACAACAGCAACAACAACAGCAGCAUCAGCAGCAGCAACAACAACAACAACAACAUCAUCAUCAUCAUCAUCAUCAUCAUCAUCAUCAUCAUCACAGAUCAAUCAUGGAAUAUUGUUCCACCUUAGGAAUUAGAACACCUUGGAGUAUUGCUUCAUUACGACCAGCACCUCCUUCCUAUACUUUUAAAAUAUUUAAUAAAACUGACAUCAAUUUGGAUUUAUCUUCACCACGCUUAUGUAAUGAAAGACAAUUUGAAGAAGAUGCAAUUAUAUUAAAAGUGAUUGAGGCAUACUGUCUUUCUGUAAAUGCUAGAUUCACUAUGCAUUCUGGAGAAUCAACUUCAAUGUUGGAAUAUGAUUCACAUAAAAUGCAAGAAAAAGUUUCCUUAAUGAAUAAUUGUAAAAAUUGGGAUUUUUGUACUAAUCGGAUAUUAUCAGAAACAGUUAGGACAUUGAAAAAUCAAAUGACAGAUUUACAAUCACAAAUGUCAUUAUUGACAAAACAAUUAGAUGAAGAAAGGCGAUCAAGACUUUUUUUAGCUGCUACAAUAAAGCGUAGUAUUGGUAUAAUGGACAGAUCGGUAUCUUAAAUACUUAUUUAUUGAUGUUUAUUUUUAUUAUGUUUAUAUUUUUUAAUGUGACAUAAUAGGAAUGUUUUUUCUAUAAAAUGUUUGUAACUUUAUUAUUUGUAAGAAAAAAUAUAGACAUAAAUAAUUGAACUAUUUGAUAUAAUGCAAUUUUUGAAAUUUUCAUUCAUUGUAUAGAUAUAUAUGUUUUCAUGAAAAUUACAAAUAUAUUUGUUAUGAAUGAAUUAAA